CUUAAGAAUCAGAGAGUAAAGAGAGACUGCUCAGCCUUGUUCAUUCAGAGAGACGUAUAGAUCGACCGGAUAGAAUAAUCGUGGGGAGAAGAAAAGGGAUCAUCAUAUAAUGGCGACCAUGAAGCUGGGUUCCAAGCCGGAGAUCUUCGUCCUUGAAGGCCUCACAUGGAGAUGCAUGACGGAGCUCGAGAGUGAUGUUGUGGUCGAAGUGGGAGAGGUUUCCUUCUACCUCCACAAGUUCCCUCUGCUGAGCCGGAGCGGCGUGCUGCAGCGGCUGAUCAGCGAGUAUCAUCCCCUGUCGGACGGCGCCGGGGUCGCCGGAAUGUGCACCCUGCAGCUGGACGACAUCCCGGGCGGCGCCAAGGCGUUCGAGCUGGCCGCCCGGUUCUGCUACGACGUGAAGAUCGAGCUGAGCGCGCAGAACGUGGUGUGCCUCCGGUGCGCCGCCGAGUACCUGGGCAUGACGGAGGACUACGCGGAGGGGAACCUGAUCGCGCAGGCCGAAUCCUUCCUGUCCCGCGACGUGCUCGCCAGCUGGAAGGACGCCAUCAGGGCGCUCGAGACCUGCGAGGGCGCCGUGCUCCCGGCCGCCGAGGACCUCCGCAUCGCGUCCCGCUGCAUCACGGCGCUCGCCACCAAGGCCUGCGCCACCGACGCCAGCGCCGCAUCGGCUUCCGCCUGCGCCUGGGCGCCCAAGAAGAGCGCCAGCCUCGACUGCGGCAGGGUCGACCCCGCGCUCUGGAACGGCAUCGGCUCCGGAGACCACACGCCGCGCGCAGCCUCGGCGGGGAACUCCGUGGACUGGUGGUACGAGGACGUCUCGUUCCUCAGCCUGCCCAUGUUCAAGCGGCUCAUCCAGGCCAUGGAGGCCAAGAGCAUGCGGCCCGAGAGCAUCGCCGGCGCCAUCAUGUUCUACGCGAGCCGGUUCCUCCCGGGCCUCAGGCCCAACACCAGCAGCGGCUUCAGCAACGCCGCCGCCGCCGCCGAAGAAUGCAUCAGCAUCACCACCCCGCGCGCUGCCGGCGCCAACGGCUUGUCCGAGGGCGAGCAGAGGCAGUUCCUGGAGGAGAUCGUGGCGCUGCUGCCGGCCAGAAAGGGCGUGGCGUCCACCAGGUUCCUGCUGGGCUUGCUCCGCACGGCGAUGCUCCUCCACGCGUCCCCGCUGUGCCGGGAGAACCUGGAACGGCGGAUCGGCGCGCAGCUGGAGGACGCCAGCCUCGACGACCUGCUGGUGCCCAACCUCGGGUACACCGUGGACACGCUGUACGACAUCGACUGCGUGCAGAGGAUCCUGGACUACUUCAUGUCGUCCACGGACGGGGUCGGGACCGGGUACACGACGCCGGCGCUGGCGGAGGAAGGCAGCCUGCUUGGGGUGCCCCAGGCCUGCACGCCGUCCACGCAGUCGCCCAUCGCCAUGGUGGCCAAGCUCAUGGACGGGUACCUCGCGGAGGUGGCGCCGGACACCAACCUCAAGCUGCCCAAGUUCCAGGCGCUCGCCGCCGUGGUGCCCGACUAUGCGCGGACUGUGGACGACGGCAUCUACCGCGCCAUGGACAUAUACCUCAAGUCGCACGCGUGGCUGUCGGAGUCGGAGCGGGAGCAGCUGUGCAGGCUGAUGAACUGCCAGAAGCUGUCGCUGGAGGCGUGCACGCACGCGGCGCAGAACGAGAGGCUGCCGCUGCGGGUGGUGGUGCAGGUGCUCUUCUUCGAGCAGCUCCGCCUCCGCACGUCCAUCGCCGGCUGGUUCUUCGUGGCAGACAACGACGGCGGCGCCGGCGCGCACCCGCAACACCCGGGCAACAAUGCCGUCGCCAUCGUCCCCAAGGGUGGCAGUGUUGCUGAAAGCGGCCAGGCCGAUCCCGUUGCGUCCGAGGGGAAGGGGAGCGAGGCCAUGAGCGACGUCAAGGCACGGGUGUCGGAGCUGGAGAAGGAGUGCAUGAUCAUGAGGCAGGAGAUCCGCCGGCUCGGGAAGCCCAGGAGGUCGUGGAACAUCCUCACCAGGAAGUGCGGUUUCGGGGCAAAGGUGCAGCAAACGCACCCUGCCAUGAGAGGCAAAUAAGCCUGCCGCGAGCCAAAGAAUGAAAUCUCAGCUUACUCGGGAGUUAGAUUUUUUUUCCUUCCUAAUUCAAGCUUUUGGUUACAAUGGACUAGGUAGUGUGAUGCAAUAAGGUUCUUCAGCUUUGCAUGGGGAUAAUAAACUAGUAUUUGCACCGUCCUGCAUGCAGCAAUCUCACAUACAUUAACCAUAGUGGUAUUGCACAAAAAUAAACAAUCAAGCUCGUCAGAAAGUGAUCUUGGAAGUUGCUAAAAAUACAUAUCAGGUAGGCCGGUG